AUGUAUCAGAGAUACUCACUUGGACACAGCGCAGCCCUUCAUUUUCACAGUCCAAUUAAGCUUUCCCUGCUUUUGAUAGUGAAAUACAGUUUGUCAAACAGAUCACGCUCUGGAGAUCGUCGUGACAACUACAAACAUUCAUCAAGGUGUUCUGGCUCCCCGCGUUACCGUGAGGACCGCUAUCGUGAUGAUAAAUACUCUUCAUCACGUCGUAGAUAUUCACGUUCCCCAUCUUACUCUAGAAACAGAAGGAGUAACAGGUCCCGAUCAAGGUCUCCGAUGUCUAAUCGCCGCCGCCAUCAUGGAAGCAGAGAGGACCCACCACCAAGUAGUUGCCUUGGGAUCUUUGGACUUAGUCUCUACACAACAGAGAGGAAGCUCCAUCACCUCUUCAGCAAAUAUGGUCCUAUCAACAAAGUUCAAGUUGUGCUAGAUGCUAAAACUAGUCGAUCUAGAGGAUUUGCUUUCAUCUACUUUGAUCAUGUGGACGAUGCCACAGAAGCCAAGGAGCAGUGCACUGGCAUGGAGAUUGAUGGAAGAAGGAUCAGAGUAGAUUAUUCCAUCACAGAGAGAGCCCACACACCCACUCCUGGCAUAUACAUGGGUCGACCAACAUAUUCAAGCUAUGGUCGACGAGGUGGAGGCGGAGGCGGAGGUCGCCAUGGAGGUGGAGGAUAUGGAAGUGGCAGUCGAAGUCGCCGCUCUCCUUCAUACCACAGAGGCCCUCCUCCACGACGCUCAUACCGCUCACGUUCUCGUUCAUACUCUCCACGUAAGUAGAUGGGGUCAGUGUUCAUUGCGAGAGGCAGAGGAUAUCCGUCUCCAUUGUCCGGCCGGGCCUCCCCUUCUCUGGGGUGGGUGGAGCCUUGUCCUGGGUCGAGAGAGAAGGUGGUGGCACUGGGGCUCAGAUGGCUCUUGAUUUGUGUGAUUAUUGCCUUCUGUUUCUUUCUCUUUACCUCUCCUUUUAAGAGGCACAACUGUAUUGACAAUGUGACGUUUGACACUGCGAGGAAAUAUCACCAAAGUGGGUGUAUUAUACAAAGAGAAACAUUUUUGGUUUGUUGUAUAGUCUAUUUUACUUUAGGUUAAUAUCUGUUUAUAUAUAUAUAAAGAGGUUUUUGCAUUUUGUUUUUAUCAGAUUAUUUGUGAAAAUAGUGAUGUGGUGAUAGUUAAAGUCGUCUGAAAAUUUGCAUGUUCUUUGUAACUGUUGUCAGUACUUUUAUUUCAUAUACCAUGUAUAUAUUGUUUCCUUUUACCUUUUUUUCAAGUUCUGGGUUGAUAAAUGGCAAAAUGAAUAUUUUUUAUUUUAUAAUAAUUGUUUUCAAAUGCAUAUCUGCUUAAACUUGGUAAUAAGAAUUCAACAUAUUGAGUGUAAUUGAGAAAGGAACAUUUUUGUUAACGAAAAUCUUGCAACUAUGAAUAUAUCCAAAUUUUAUGAAAUUGAUUAUAUCUAUCUAUCUGUAUAUUUUUAUGAAUAUGUUAUUUUGUAUGCCAAUAUAGUAUGUGUAUAGAAUUCAUUUCGUUAAGCAGACAGUGACUAAUCUGUUGAUAUGUAAUAUACCAGAAUAAAAAUAUUAAAUAGUGCAAGAUGACAUAUUAUUUGUCAAAAUCUUUGGCACAGUCCAACUUAUCUAAUGAUAGGACCUUAUAAGCUUAAUAAAUGAUCUAAGGAUAGGACCUUAUAAGCUUAACUAAUGUGUUGUUGAGCAUUUGGUAAAAACACACUCAUACACAUUCUCUCUCUCU